AUGCCGCUGUCGGAGCACAUAGGAAGGAGGUCCAACGACAGAGGCGGCUAUCGCGAAAAAAUUCGGAAAUAUCAGGACUUCAGGGAGCCAUCGUACGACACCUCGUCCGUUCACGAAAGCUCCGCGUCCGUCACUGAGUCCGGGUACACAAAAUCCGCCACAACUUCUAUGGAGAACCUGUCGAGGGUAAUGGAGACCACAAAUGGCUCGUGGACCUCUGGCUCCGCGAACAGUAGCGUAUCGAAUCUCUCCGUGGAACCGAUUAGCCUCGCGAAUUCGAUCGAUAAGACGAGGGCGUUGCUCAAGAAAAAAUCCCUCGUGCAGAUCAUCAACAAUUACAUUAGGGCUGGCAUCGAGGAAGGCAAACGGCAAGCCAAGAAGUACAUACGCAAGGCUCUCUCGUUCGGCGUGAAGUCUGGAUACUUAAUCCCGGAGGAUCCGCAAGGUCAAGUGAUUCGCGUGUCGCCGACGCUCGCGGAAACCAGGAGAAGCGACCCGGAGUCACGUAGGAGACGGCGAAAGGCCAGACAAGGCGAGGAUGAUCUGUCGUUUGCCGAACGUAAGGAGCGCCGUCGGCCGACCCCGCCCUUGCCCGCCAAAAGAAUGCCGCGCCGCGAAGCAUCGCCGGACCGGAUGGUCCCGCGGAAACGGAGAAAGACUUCCGCGACUAGAUACCCGGGGAUGAACUUCAACUUGAACUACGCCGGCCAGAGAAAGAAGGACACGGAGGUCGCCCGACAGGAGAACUCGCCGGCGAACAAAAGGAGAAAAGAGCUGGCGAAGAAGAAGGGACAAGUAAUUCAGAAGUCCUCCGUCACGCGCAGGAGCGAGACGCUGCGGGGAAAGGGUCGGUCUACUAAACAGAAGGACGAGGUGGUCGAGAGACAACCGAUUCGGAGGAAUCGCCCGAAGAAAUCUACGUACGCGAGCAGGGAACCGAAAGGCGAUAUUCCGAGGAGCCGGGAGGAUUUAACGGACGAGGAGGAAGAUAGCACGAAGUCCAGCGAUAACGAUGCGACUCGGAAAAUCGUGACGGCGCGACGAAAUUCGGGAUCCAGCGAGGACGGUCUGGCGGACGCCAAUGCGCACCCGGGGAAUCCGACGCGGGAAGUCGAGGAACGGAUGGAACUGCCGACCAACGACGAGAACGACAAGAACCCGAUCGAGGACGCACAUUAA